UGGACUUCCAUCUUGAUUUUUGACGCCCAUCAUGUACGUCAACCGAUAUCCAGGGUUCUUUACAUAUCGUCAAGCUCCCGCUCUUCCAGUGCCAGCUUGUCACCCACAUUUACGUCCGCUCAAGCAGUGCAAACGCAGGCGGACGCACGAUGUCUCGCAUGGCACCGCUGCCCAGCAGCCAUGAGGAUCGGUGUUUCUUGGACGUUCCGCCACUAAGAGACCUGUUCCGAGCAUUUGAGUGCGCAUCGGCAAGAGGCAAUCGCAGGCCUGGAAGAAAUUGGGACAGUAACACACCGCAAGACAACCCGCGAACACUAGGUCUGGACGGGGAGCGGAAGCUCAAAGUGGUGCAAGCAGUAGAGACUUGGAUCGAGAAGGACCGAAGCGGGGACGCGCGCAAAUCCAUCGAGCGAUGGCGCGACCUUUCGUUUGGCGCCAUGUCAUUUGAACGAACGCGCCCCUCCCUGUGCUCCGACGCUAUGGUCACCUUGGAACACUCUGGACGGAUUAGUCGGGCCCUGGUCGAAUGUUUCGCUGACUAUCAGUGGUGUUUGUACCGCCGCGAGGAUGAUGCCGCACAGGCCAUCUUGCACGAGUUCUACCUCGAGGGAUACAAAUGCUCACUUCCGACACAUCGAAGACAUCCAGUGCCCAGUCGCCCGAAGAAGCUACGCAUCUCUACCACGACGACAGGUCUCGAAGACGAUGUCCCGUUGAGCGACAUGUCAUCCAUCGACGAGGAGAACGAUAUUUACCAGUAUCUCGAUCUGAACACCCCAGUCAGCUGUGCAGAAGAUGGAGACCCCGCUGUGCAGCUUCGCAUGGCCAUCGAGGCACCAACGUUGCCCUCUACUUUUGUCUUCCCGUCAGCGUCGAAUUCAACGCUCUCUAUUCAUUCGGACGCGAAUCCAGGUCCUGUGGGGUGCGCCCCAGUCGAAGAUUCAUACACAGAGAUGUCGGAGCCCUUACCAAAUUCAGCCCUGAUUUCCUUUGAAGACGCGCCCCCUCCAAUCUUACCUGAGAGCGUGGAAACUAUCUCCACCCCAGCAAAGAAAAGGAAACACUCCCACGCGAAUCUGGGUGCUGCGCCGUUGACAAGAAGUCGGACUUCGGCUGCGGACGGGACCGCUGUUAUGGACGAUUCGGGGAAGAAAGUGAAGCAAGAGCCGAAGGGAGAAUCGGACGAAUGGAAGGCAAUACGUCAAGCCAAGGUCGUAGAAUUUGUCGCAGACCAUAGCCGAGACCAUCUCGCUCAACUCAGAAAAAGCAAGAAACGUGCGGCCAACGACCGACUGGCGGGCGAGUCACCGACUAAACGAGCACGACCGCCAGUCUUGAAAGCCCCGCCGGUCUACGAAGCUCAAGUUACAGCAGCCCAGAGAAAACGCAAGUCCGCGACAGUCCGGACCAACACUCCGCCCAUGACUACGGUGAAGAUAGAGGAGACACGCAUCAACACACAUGGCGUUCGGAUCGUACGGGGACCUCCGUUGGCAUCGAGCAAACGACCGCCCUCGGAUACAAGAGCGAAGCCGUCAAAAGCAGCGAAGAAGCCGAACAAUGGUUUCAAUAGCAAUCAGACCGCCAGGAGCCAACAUCUGAAAGAGCCACUGCCCAAAAACCCGGGCCAGGUCAAAACGAGACCAGUCGGCAUCCAGCCCACCCCCACAAUGAUCGACACGCGUUCGGUGAAGAUCGUCCGCUUGCCGGAGUACACAAAAUUGGCACGGAUACCAAAACAUUCUAAAUCGGCUACUGAGGAUGUGGUGCAUCCUGUGCCCUGCGAGCAGAGCAAUGCGAUCUUACCGCCCCAGACGACGCCCGGUCCAUUCAGAAUAUCCACUCCUGUAAUCCAGACAAAUCCGAUUCCAAUGCCAGAAGUUUCAGGAAAGGACAAAUCUGACCAACCUCGGCCCGCAUCACAGUAUCCAUUGGAAGAACUGCCUCAAAGCGAUCCACCAUUGAAGCCAAAACAGCCCUUGAAUGGCUUCCCACCAAUGUGGUCGGCCUCGCGGCAAGAGAUGUGCGAGUCGUCGCGGUGGUUCCGGUCGUACCAGGGCGGAGUCUAUCACAAGGACGGUGUCGUGAAGGGCUAUUUUCUCAGUGCGUUCAGCGCCAGACGGGACACAUUCGAGCGCUCCGGCAAGCUCAUCAUCUCGCACGGCGGCGGCAAGUGCGAUACCGAUCAGACACGCACGGACGCAUCUGUGCGUGCGCUCAUCGGCGCCUACGAGCAGCAGAACCCGCUUGUGCUGUUCGUCGACGACAAGUACGCGCACUUUCCGCUCGAUCUCGCCGGGCGCGAUGUGUACAUGGCCGCGCUGGGGUUCUACCGCGUAGUGCACUAUUGGGCCGAGCAGCAGGACAGCGCGACGCGUGCCGUGGUGCGGUACAAGUUUGCGUUCGAGUGGUGUGAGGGGCAGGGCGAGCCGUGGUGGUUGUCACAUGCGAUGCUCCCCGUUGUAACUGAACAAGUUGCGUCGAAACCAGAUCAGGCGCCAUGUCCCACUGAAAGACCCCAAGCGUGGGCUACGCUUGCAGAUCAGGCGACCAUGCAUCCUUCAAAAUCCAAUCAUCAGCUGGCGUUCGACGGGAAGGCUUACGAGUUCAGAUCGUUUGGGAUGGUCGGAGAAGCCGCAAUGCCACAGAGGCUGGUUGCGCAGUCUCAGGUGCACUCCAGCUCAAUUCGGGCCGUUCCAUCACUCUCAAGCGUUCCCUCCGGGCCGUCUUUCGGUCCAGAUCCCUAUAACAUGAUGGUCCGACUACAUGAGAUGUCUGACUUCUGGCAUGUUUUUAUCAGUAUAGUUGUUCUGAGACACGCUGAGAUAUAUCGCAGUCCCAUUCAAUAUUCUCGUAACGCAUCUGGUUUAUCGAUCGGUGAUCCUUCUCAUACCGGCCAAUUCGAAAUGAUGGAACGAGACGAGACACCUGUCUCACGGCGAGUUAUACGACCCGCUCCUGCGGGCGAGUCCAAGACACAGAACAUGCCAUCGCCCCCCACUUCGAGUGCAAGCGUCGACUGCGUGGAUCCGUUUGGUGUGGUAUACGAUGGUGUUCUGUCUGACAUGAGACCGAUUCAACCUCCUCGUCUCUAUGCAGUUUGUCCCCACUGCCGCUACACCUCCCCACGGGUGUAUACACUUGACGUUUGCUUGAACCAGGGCUGCUCCUCGUUCUGGACCCUGCAACCCGGCGAGCAGAUCGAGUACAGGAGGGAGUUUCUGGAGACUGUGAUGAACUCGACGCCCAUUCCAAAGGAAAUGGUCACUGCACUCUUACCUCGCCAGCCGAGCGGAGGGACGAGCGGCACAUCGUACAAGGACAGCCGCGGGUGGCAUUGCUUCAGUUGUGGGCGGGUCUCGUGCCGAUCCGCAUGGGACAUGUAUCAGUGCCCGACACCGACAUGCAACCGCAUCAUCACCGCGAUCCGCCCUGCUUCCUCGUUUGCGGGACUGUCGACAGCGCUGCUUGGCGGCUCGCGAGAGUGGGUGGCCAGUCCUGACUCGGGCAUCAGCGUACUCGAAAAGAUGCCGUUUCACCACCACUGUCGGACUGCCGGCACGGGGUUCGUCCAGACGUUUGUCCUCCCGUACGACAAGGGCCGCAUCCACGUCAUCCGCGGGUCGGCAGAAGCGACGGCUGCUGAGGUGGACACGGUAUUCGAGGCGUAUCAGGCUCAGGCUGGGAGUGGGGCGUUGGCGUUCAGAAGAUGGCCGCUGAGAAAUCACAAGCGUAUGUAUGAGGCGGGAAAUGUCUCUACAUUCAUGCUCACGAUGCGCAGUGCGAGGAGCCCUCCUUACGAACUACUUCUCGCAAAACUGCAAGUAUGCCCCAGCCGAUUACUAGAUAUAACUGAUGCGCCUCUAGCCGGGGAACGAUACCACUACGUCGGUGCAACAGACCACACAGUGCCGUUCGCCCAAACUGCGCCCUGCGUCAUCCACGCCCGUGACCUCAUCCAGCGUCGAUGUUGUGAGGCUCUUGGCCACCAGGACUUUGUCUUCAACGAGGUGCUGAGCGCGGGGUACAUGGAGCGGCAGAAGAUGGCAUUCCACAGCGAUAGCGAAAAAGGGCUCGGGCCGAACGUCGCGGGGUUGUCGAUGGGCGCGCCGGCGGUGAUGCACUUUCAGCCCACGCUCAGGUAUGCGGAGCACCUCAAGACGCUUGAUGGCCCGGGCGCUAAGACAAAGACGAAGGGGGUCCGCACGUGUCUCUCCGUUGUGCUGAAGCACGGCGAUGUGUGUCUAAUGGAGGGGACUGGGGUUCAGGACUUUUACCAACAUACGGUCGUCCCGUCAAACUUCCGGAUUGCAGCGACGGCGAGGUGGAUUGAGCCCAGCCACGAGAUCGCUGGUGGGGCUAGUCGCGUCGUUGGCGCCGAGGCAAAGAUUCCGUGAGAUGAAAAACGGAAGAAGUGUGUUCAAGUCUUGUCUACUGUGUAUAUCAACAUAAUUGUAGUGAGGGGCAUAAAGUCACAUACCUGUAGAAGUCUUGUUUGAAAGGC